GUUAAAUUUGAAUUGCAGUUAAGGUAUAUUUCAUUAUAAUAAAGGUACAAAUCGAUUGUAACAAUAAGAACACGAUGCUCGGCCGUCUUCCUGCAUGUGUAAUCGACGUGGGUACGGGCUAUACAAAGCUAGGCUUUGCAGGCAAUAAAGAACCUCAACUCAUAAUACCAUCUGCAAUUGCUAUUAAAGAAACUGCAAAGGUUGGAGAUACCAAUGCUAGAAGGGUUACCAAAGGAGUUGAAGAUCUAGAUGCUUAUAUUGGGGAUGAAGCUUUCGAAGCCACUGGGUAUUCUGUAAAAUAUCCAGUUAGACAUGGACUAGUGGAAGACUGGGAUUUAAUGGAAAAAUUCCUACAGCAAUGUAUUUUCAAAUAUCUUAGGGCAGAACCUGAAGAUCAUUAUUUUUUACUUACUGAACCACCGUUAAAUACUCCAGAGAAUCGAGAAUACACUGCAGAGAUAAUGUUUGAAUCGUUUAAUGUGCCAGGUCUUUAUAUUGCUGUGCAAGCAGUGCUGGCAUUAGCUGCCUCUUGGACAGCUAAAUCCGUAGAAGAUAGAACAUUAACAGGUGUUGUUGUUGAUAGUGGGGAUGGAGUAACACAUGUAAUACCAGUAGCAGAAGGUUUUGUCAUAGGAAGCUGUAUAAAGCACAUUCCUAUUGCUGGACGUGAUAUUACAUAUUUUAUUCAAAGUCUUUUAAGAGAACGUGAAAUUGGAAUACCACCUGAACAAUCAUUAGAAACAGCUAAAGCAAUAAAAGAAAAAUAUUGUUACAUAUGUCCUGAUAUUUCAAAAGAAUUUGCUAAAUACGACAGUGAUCCUACUAAAAUCAAAAAAUACGAAGGCGUUAACAGUAUCACAAAGCAACCUUUUGUAGUAGAUGUUGGUUAUGAAAGGUUCCUUGGUCCAGAAAUAUUUUUCCAUCCCGAAUUCUCCAAUCCAGAUUUCACGACACCACUGAGCGAAAUCGUCGACGACGUAAUCCAGAAUUGUCCAAUAGAUGUUAGACGACCAUUGUAUAGUAAUAUUGUACUGUCAGGUGGUUCUACGAUGUUCAAAGACUUUGGUAGGCGAUUACAACGUGAUAUAAAACGCAUCGUAGAUGCACGUUUGAAACUUAGCGAAACGUUAAGUGGAAGUCUUAUUACGCCAAAACCUAUAGACGUUCAUGUUAUAUCGCAUCAUAAGCAACGUUGGGCCGUGUGGUAUGGCGGUGCUUUGUUGGCUAGCGAUCCAGAAUUUUAUACGGUAUGCCAUACCAAAAAAGCUUAUCAGGAAUACGGCCCUGGAAUUUGCCGCUACAAUCCCGUAUUCCAUAGUAUGGUGUAAAAAAACAGAAGGAAAAUAUAAAUAGCGUUAAGAAAAUAACAUUAUCUUGGACCAAUGGUCUUUCGAAGUUUUCAACGCUCUGUCAAUAAUUUGUUGCAUUUUCAAUUUUUUCACCUUCAACGACGAUGUAUUUGAUAAGAUGGAACAAGUGUUUUUACGACAUAAUUACUAACUGAAGUAAUUACAGAGAAACGCCCAGUAUUCUACUAGGAAACGCACACGAAGAUGUUUUCAUGCUCAUUAAUUUGUAAUAAAAUGUUCUCAUUAACAUGUAAUAAAAAUA